UGUUUUAGGUUAGGGGCAAAUUAACAAAAUCCUUUGUACAUUCCGGUUCUACUCCAGAAAUUCAGUGUUUUCCGUGUUUGUGUCCACCGGGCAGAUUCCGCCGAUACUGCCGAUCACCAAUAAACCACAAAGUAAAAAUCGCCACGUUCCGUUCGUCUUGAAUAUCGUUGCUCUGUUCCCGGCGCAAAAAUGAUGCACGAAAGCAUAAUCCUGCUAACGCCCCAUCGGAAGGAAGUGCUUUCUGCGUCGCAACGUAUGGCUCCGGUGGAUUACAAGACGCAGAAGGGUAAGGCUCUGCCCGUACGAUUCCUGCUCGAGUGCGCUCAAAAGCUGGUUAUGAAACCGCUGACCUCUGCCACGGCCGCAGUUUUGUAUCAUCGAUUUUUCCGCGCAACCAGCGACCCGGAGUACGAUCCAUACAUGAUUGCGUGCACGUGCUUGUACUUGGCAGCCAAGGCUAAGGACGAUAAGGUGCGCAAACGUGACAUCAUCAACGUGGCCCACUGCACCAUGAAUCCGGGAGCACAGCCGUUGGAUCUGUGCGACGAGUACUGGGCGAUGUGGGACUCGAUUGUCCAGGGCGAACUUUUCGUCGGUCGGAUGCUCAAGUUCGAUAUGACGGUCGUGCAUCCGCACAAGUUCCUGGUGCACUACAUGAAAUCGCUGCAAGAUUUGUUCGGUGGUGAUAGCUGGUACGACAUGCCCGUCGCCAGGGCCGCGGCCGCCUUCCUGCACGAUUUCCACCACAGCGACAAAGUACUGGACUACAAUCCGGCGCACAUCGCGGUCUGCAGUUUGGCGCUAGCGUUUCAAGUGUACGGCGUUCAAGUGCCGCUAACGGAGGAAGCCGAAGGGAAGGACCAUUGGUUCAACGUUUUCUGUCCUGAUUUAACACGUGAUGCACUCUGGGACAUAGUGGAAGACAUCAUGGACGUAUAUGACUACGACACCCCCAACCCUCUCGCGUAGAGGAUGAUCCGCGUGACUCAACACCCGUCGAACAGCUAUGAUGGUGCAUUUCCCGCAUUGCCGAUACUCGUAUCGGCGUCCCGAUCGGCGAAAAAGUAUUGUGGAAGCCCGACUUCCAGCCCAUUUAGUUGUAGUUCGCCAUUCAAUCAAAUUCUCGUAUCCCCAUUGGUGAUAGACAUAAUAAAACGUUAGUGAUGAGCUUUGUGACCCCAGAACCACUGCAACUAUCAGGAUUGGUGAAACGGUAGCCACCGAUUUUCUACUUGUUUUGUAUUUAACAUUCAUGUGUCCGGUACAAUUAUAUGAAUAUAAUCUCAAUAAACAUUCCCUAAUUGUGCCAACCUGCUAA